CCCCCGGAAUCGGUAAUUAAGUUAUAAAAGAGACCAAAAGCGUGAAAAUCACUGCCACAUAUGCUGUAAAGGGCGUCAAGUGAAGUGGUUCCCAUUCGCGUGAGAGAGGUUAUAGCUGCCAGCUAGUCCACGGGAUAAAUGUGAAGGAUUAUUAUUUCAAGGAAAGGAACGCGCAGAAACGAAUUGUCGCAGUGAUUAUACUUCGAAGCAACAGUGACUGUGAUAUGUCGAGUGUGAUGUGUGAACGGUGUUGAUGAAACGGUUGACUUGGUGAAUGUUAAUAGGAUUGUUGGCGGCUCGUUCGGAAAACUCGGUUGAAUACGAUCCAGGCAGAAGCGAGGGGGGUGGGUGUGAAAAUGGGUUCGGAAAAGAGGUGCACCGAAAUGGUUGAGAAUGGAAAAAGUACUAAUAGUGUUGAUGGUGAUGUGAAGGAGUUGAAAUUUUCGGAAAACGAUGCUGACGGCAGGAAUGAGCACACGGAACAGUAUGAGAGUUAUAAAAAUAGUGAGAGCACGAAAAUUGGGUCGGAGUUCGAGAAGAUGAUACCGGAUUUCGAGGAUAUGUUUAAGGAUAUACCUCAGACUCAGGAUACCACAUGCGGAUUCUGGAUAUUCAAGGGGCCAUUUUUGCAGAAAUUCGCGAACAAAAAAGCCUACGUCUUCCUGUACGGCGUCGUCGGGUGCAUAUUUUCCGCUACUUACGCGUACUUCAACGGUACCAUCACCACCUUGGAGAAGCGAUACAAAAUACCUAGCAAAAACACCGGCAUCAUCUCAGUGGGCAACGACAUCAGUUCGCUGUUCCUAUCGGCCAUUCUCAGCUACUACGCCGGCAAGGGGCACCGUCCUCGGUGGAUAGCUUUCGGGCUGUUUACCAUUGUCCUCUUUUGCUGGUUGAAUGCACUGCCUCAUCUGCUGUACGGGCCGGGGGAAGCCGCCCUUUCGUUAACUACGGAGUUUGGUGCUACCUACGAUGAAGAUCAGACCAAAGAAGUUUUCGAAGCACAGAAAGCGAAGACACUGUGUCGGAGCAAUGGGACACGUGGGGCAGAGUGCGAAAUCGAGGAAGGUAACAUUGCGCCCCAGGUGGUGCUGUUUGUAGCUCAAUUCAUAUCCGGUGUCGGAAGUUCACUGUAUUACACGCUGGGUGUUUCGUACAUGGAUGACAACAUUAAAAAGUCGAAAACUCCAGCUCUGGUUAGUGUAUCGUAUUUCCUGAGAAUGCUUGGACCAGCGAUUGGCUACACCCUGGCUUCCUACUGCUUGAAGCUGUACAUUAGUCCAUCAAUGACUCCUACUAUCACCAAUAACGAUCCUCGAUGGCUGGGAGCUUGGUGGAUUGGAUGGCUUGCGCUGGGGUUAGCUCUGUCCUUCUUUGCGCUGUUCAUGGCCAUGUUCCCGAAGCAACUACCGAGGGCGGCUGUAAGGAAACGAAUCGCUGCUGAGAAACAGAAGCUAGGAAUGAAACUCAGCGAAGCUAAGAAGGAAGACGAGUUACCUGCAUCGUUCAAAGAUAUGCUGAAGACCUUCAAGCGAUUGGUGAAGAACAGGAUCCUGAUGCUGAAUAACAUUGCUUCAGUGUUCUACUUCUUCGGGUUCAUGCCAUACUGGAUCUUUACUCCAAAGUACAUCGAAACCCAAUACAAACAGUCGGCUUCGACUUCCAGCUUGGUGACCGGUACGGUAGCAUUGUUGUUUUCGGCUAUUGGAGUUUUGCUCUCCGGUAUUGUCAUUUCGAGAUACAAACCAAGGGCCCGGUACAUGGCUGCAUGGAACGUAAUGGUAGGACUGCUUUCGGUCGCUGGAAUGGUAACAUAUGCCUUCCUCGGAUGUACGGCCGCAGAGAACUCUGUCAUUGUUAAUCAUUCGUCAGCUACUGACCUUAUUCCAACGUGCAAUUCCAACUGCCAAUGCGACUACGUCAAAUAUUCACCUGUCUGCGGAGAGGACGGUAACACCUACAUUUCUGCAUGUCACGCUGGUUGCAAGCAACAGUAUCAAUCGGGAGACGUGAAGAUUUACGAUGAUUGCUCUUGUAUAUCAGCCAGGAAUUACUCUACCAAUAAUCCGAGUUUUGAAAGGCUACUGUCCUCCAACAGCACCUUGAAGACACCGUAUUCGCUCACGUAUGAUGCGCUGGCACCCCAAGGUGGCAAAGCUCUUGCAGGACCUUGUCCAAUGGAUUGCCAGAAGGAGUUCAUCACGUUCUUGGUGGUGAUGUGCUUCCUCAAGUUCUCCGGGGCGACGGGUCGAGCUAGUAACUUUCUGGUAUCGGUGCGAUGCGUCGACGAAAAGGAUAAAACCGUAUCGAUGGGCUUCGGUAUGAUGCUGCUCAGUCUUUUGUCCUUCAUUCCGAGCCCGAUCUUUUUUGGUUUGGUUCUGGAUAAGACCUGCUUGGUAUGGGGGAAGACUUGUUCCGGCAAAGGGAACUGCUGGUUGUAUGACGGAGAAUCUUUGAGGUACCUUUUGAACUUCAUAGCGGCAGCAUUCGUGCUGGUGGGGACGCUAGUCGAUUGCGGUGUUUGGUAUUACGUGAAAGAUUUGAAGAUUUUUGACGAAGAAGUUAAGGAUAAGGAAAUUGCUAUGGCCGAAAAGGAAGAAGAAAUCACAACAGAUCGACCGAAGUAACAGAAGACUUCGUAUCCUUCAGAAUAGCUCGUAUGUUUUGGGAACAUUCCAAAGAUUUAUUUGUACAUUAAAUUAGUAAAAAUUAUGCUUUUAGUAAUAAUAGAA